GUGAUCAAAAAUGUCCGAAUGCGGAACUACAGACUGAUAGACAUCAGUUUCCUCCACAAGACAGAGUUGAGGUUUAUUACUCUAAAUGUACUGAGUGACUCACUCAUCAACUGACAGCUGAUGGUCCGUAGUUUAUCUGGUUUGUCUUUCAAACACUACUCGGCGUGUUAGGACGCAUUUUCGCUUUAUUUUUAAUGAGAGCGCGAACUGAACAGCAGUAAUUACUCGCUUGUAAGAUUAUAAAUAUAAUGUCAAAAUGAAGCAGACUGCCAUACUGUUUCUCAUAACGCUGUCUGCCUGCGCGCACACGGCGUUUGGCGAUGCAGAAGUGAACAUCAAAGCUCCAGCCACAGUGAGUCUACAGGAACAAUCUUCAGACAACAUCACCAUUACACUGAGUUCACCGUUGAACACAUCUGUAACAGUUUAUUUCAAUAUCACAUAUAAAUCAAGAAAUGUCUCUUUAAUAAUUCUACUGCCUGAUGAGGUUGUUGUGCCGGCAGGAAACGUAUCUGUGUCUUUUGAAGUGCAGGCGAAAGGUGUUGGUCAGGUGACUGCUUACCUUUCCAGCAAUAACACGCACAUAAAAAGCCUAGAGACGCGAAUCAGAUUCCUGAUUGUCAGAAGUAAUGCUCUUUUCAUCAUUAAUCAAAUCAUUGGCUGGAUUUACUUCGUGGCCUGGUCUGUGUCGUUCUACCCACAGGCGUAUGAGAACUGGAAACGGCGCAGUGUGGUAGGCCUCAGUUUUGAUUUCCUCGCUCUCAACCUGACUGGAUUCAUUGCUUACAGUGUGUUUAAUGUUGGCCUGUUUUGGGUGACGUAUAUACAGGAGGAGUUCUUGAAGAAAGAUCCGAAUGGAGUCAUUCCUGUCGAUGCCAAUGAUGUCUUCUUCAGUCUUCAUGCAUUACUUCUCACUCUUGUUUAUGUCUGCCAGUGUGCCAUGUAUGAGAGAGGAGGGCAAAAGGUAUCCAAAGUGGCCAUUGGGUUAUUAGCGAUUGGCUGGACCUUUGCGUUUGUCUCCCUGUUUGUUGCUGUGGCACAGAAGAUCUCCUGGCUGGAUUAUCUGUACUAUUUCUCAUACAUUAAAUUGGGUGUCACACUUGUAAAGUACAUCCCUCAGGCUUAUAUGAACUAUCGCAGGAAGAGCACAGAGGGAUGGAGCAUUGGGAAUGUGCUGCUGGACUUCACAGGGGGCAGCUUUAGUUUACUCCAAAUGUUCCUUCAGGCCUAUAACAACAAUAAAUGGAAGAUUAUAUUCGGAGACCCCACAAAGUUCGGCCUGGGCGUGUUGUCCAUAUUCUUUGAUGUCGUGUUCAUCACACAGCAUUAUUGUCUGUACAGGAACAGAGAGCUGAUGUAUCAAGAUUUAGACAAUCAGAAUGAGCAACACACCACUCCUAAUACAUGACCACAGCGAUAUAAAGAUUUGACAUAGACUUUUAUAUAGUUUUAUAUCACUAUCGAAAGUUUGGACCACGUGUCAAACGGAAUUCCAAAUGUGUCUUACUCCAAAACAUGCAUUUUGAAUGCAAAUAAGCUCUAGUUUCAUAUGAAUUGGUCUAUAUAUUUCUAAUCAUUUUUCAAAUUUCAAUAAACUGUUGCUGUCUCAGGUGAAUUACUGUAGCUAAAA